AAACAGUAAAAACAAAGGACAUUCAACUCGAGCGCCUUCGAGCGUGUACAAUUAAACUCGAGCAAGUGAAUCAUUGAGGUGUGACGACAAAAACGAUUAACAACAACAACAACGAUAGUCUCAAAAGUAUCGAUAUGGAAAAUGGCUGAAAAAUGUUGUGAAACUCCCAAAAUAGCCACAUAUCAAAGACAGAAUGUAGUAUCGGAUGAUGUAUCGCAACUCAAAGACUGGAACAGCAAGAGUUUUAGAAGUUAUACGUUUCCAACAAAGGAAAUCCCUAGGCUAGAUGUUUCGGAUCCCGAAGUUGAGCGACUGAUUUUGGCGGAGAAACCUGUAGUCAUUAAAAACUCAAAACUAGUAAAUUCUGCUUUAAAAUGGAACCUUGAAUAUCUAGAGGAGAAUAUUGGGGCACAGAAAUUCUCAGUUUAUUCUUCACCAGAUCACAAAUUUAUGUACUUUGAUGCAAAGAAAGCAGGGGAAACAAACUUCCAGCCACACACAAAACAGCAUCAGAUACUGUUUACAGAUUUUGUAGAAACAUUGAAGAAUGCUGAUGUUGAAAAGCGAAGAUAUUACUUACAACAAACAUUAACAGAAGGUGUAGGCAGAAAGAUUGUUGAAGAUUUCAUCAAGUUCAACUGGACGUGGGUAACGGACCAACAGAAACGGUCUGGAUGGGGACCUUUGACCUCUAACUUACUUCUGAUUGGCAUGGAUGGUAAUGUAACUCCAGCACAUUAUGACGAGCAGCAGAAUUUCUUUGCACAGAUUCAAGGUUAUAAGAAAUGCAUACUCUUCCCUCCAAAUCAAUUUGCUUAUUUGUAUCCAUUUCCAGUAUCACAUCCUUGUGAUAGACAAAGCCAGGUUGACUUUGAUAGUCCAGAUUUUGCGAAAUUCCCCAAGUUUUCUCAGGUCAAAGGUUAUGAAGCUGUUGUUGGGCCUGGUGAAGUUCUUUACAUCCCAAUGUACUGGUGGCAUCAUAUAGAAUCUGCAAUGGGCAUAGGUCCAACAAUAUCGGUCAACUUUUGGUACCGAGCUGCAAUGACACCUAAAGUGAUUGACUAUCCACUAAAGGAUGUGCAGAAGGUCUCUAUAAUGAGAAACAUUGAGAAGAUGUUGGCGGAAGCCCUAAAAGAUACAACUGAGAUUGGACCAUUACUACAUAUGAUGGUUGAUGGACGCUUUAAGAAUUGUGAGAAAGAUAUAAUGGGAAACACAGAAGAGGAAGAGAGAAAGAAAAAGUAGAUUGAGAGGAGAAUAUACCAGACUGUGGCCUUCUAACUGUGGGGGAACAAUGUAAUGCAAUUUUAUAAGAUUCAAGAUCCUUUAUUGCUGCAAAUGCCAUCAAUGCUGUGGUGGCUCCAGAAAUUUGCCGACAAGGGGUCAAACAUGUCCGACAGCAGGGUCAGCAGGGUCCGAAUCAAGAGGCCGACUAGAGCCUAGAUCAGGGUCCUGGAAUAAAAAAUGCUGGUAGGGUUCAUGGAGAGAGUUUUAUGAUUUAGUAUGGUCCAAAAUUGUGAUUUUAGACCACAAUAUUUGUAAUUGGCAAUAAAAAUAACGUUUUGGAUAGGCAAAUUAAUGUUUUUGGUGCAAUGACCUCGUCAUUGCACCCCCUCAUGGCAUUGGGCAACAGGGGGUCCAGGCUUGUGCUAUGGGAGAAAUUCCCACUGUCCGCCUGCUGAGGCUGCCACUGCAUCAAUGGCCAUUAUCCGCUUCAUAACUAUAUUACAGUCAGAAUGAUAAUAUAUACAUUUGCAUAGAAACAGGCUUUAUUCUACUGUAUUUGAAAAUUUAAGUGACCAAGAAGUGUUGUAAAAACAUAAAUGUACAAUUGAAAUUGCAAGUGAAGUACCCCUUUAGGGAUGUGAUAAUUAUAUUGGUAAAUGCUUCUUUUGAAGCUUCUGUAUGAUGAAAUGUGAGUUAUUGAAUUUUAAUGAACUAGAAAUCACACUAAAGCUAAAAUUCUGCAGUCGAAAUUUAUUAUAUAAUUAUCAUUGACAGAUUUAUAUGCAAAGGUAUAACCAAUAUCUGUAUUUCUCAGAUACUCUAUGGCUACACAAUUAGCAUUUGUCUACGUGGCUUGUCAAAUGCAGUAUGGUAUGUGUAAGUGCUAUGAAAUUUUUGUCCACACUAUCAACUUUUAUUUGACAGAAGUUUGUUAUAUGCCCAUAUAUGGUCAUGAUGUGAUGUCAUCAUGACCAUAUUUAGCCAUGUCAGUUUUAUAUUUACGUUGUUUAUUUCUUUUUCCGUAUAAAUAUAAUCAAACACAGAGAUGGUAAUAUAUUAGACAGAAUAUGCCAGCUAUUAUCUUUUAUAAAGUUCUUUAUCUUACGGUUAUAGUAAGGGUAUGGAAGGGAGGUUUGUGCUACCUAUAAUUUAUAAGCCAAGAUAUAAGUUCAAAUCAGAUUUAUAAUGUUAUAAAAAAUAUUGAUAUAUUCUAUGUAAAGUUAGAUUAUAAUGAAAUUUAAAAUGUUAUCGAGAUAUAUAAAUGAAUUUUACUCUUUUUUUAAAGUUCUCUGUUGCAAUUAAUUAGUGAAGCAGUAUCGGUAUAUUGUUAUACAAAUAGUGAAUGUUUAUGAGUAAAAUGGGAAGAAUAUUUUCAUGAGUUGAAUGGAACAGUUAAUCAUUCAACAAAUGAAAAGAUUCUUUCCAUUGUACGAAUACAAAACAUUCAUUAUUUGUUUUAUAACACACCUAAAUAGUUCAGCAAGAAGUAGGCCUAAGAAAGGUUACAGGUUGCGUGACAUCAUUUCAUGGAUUUAACAACUCCAGAAAAGCUCGGUCCCACGUCUUUUAAACCAUUCAAAUGGGCAAAAUAACUAAUGUCAUGUGGUACAAAAUCAACCAAUUAAAUAACUGGGAUCUAGUUAGAUGUGUUAUAAAAUUUAAGUGUGAAUGUGUGUUAAGUUUGUUACAUUUAUUCCAGGUUCCAUCCAAGUAUAUUAAGGUGUUUUAUGGGAUUAGUAAAGAUUUGAUACUCAAGCUAAAGAGUGCCUUAUUAUUGUGUUUAAAAUCUCUUGUUAUUAUCAUCAAUGUAGCAGUUAUUCCCACCUUUAAUUUUUGGGCUAUUACUACUUAGUGUUUUUAUAAUUGUUUUAUUAUAAAUUCAUAUUCAUCAAUGUCAGCUGUAUUUUUUUUUUUUUUUUUUUUUUGUGAAAUGUGUUACUAAAUGAUUUAUGAACCUUUAUUAGUGUUUGGUCUUAUAUGUAUAAUGUGGUAAUUGUGUCACUAACUUUCUAUUCUUAACAUGAGUUAAGUAAACUGACCAUUUAAGGAAUCAGUAGUACAGUGGUAUUAAAAUGUACAUGAUAAAUAAAGAUGUUAAAACAACU